GUAAACCACAUUCCACGUCGAAACUAACUGGACUGAACGACUUCAGUCAUCUCUCCACACUGGGAUUCCGCGGUGAAGCUCUCAACGCUCUUUGUGCUUUGUCAUCCGUUACGAUAAUUACACGGUAUCGUACCGAUUCGCUCGGUACUAAACUCCGUUUCGAUCACAGCGGAAACAUCGUUGAAAGAACAUCUGUGGCUAGAUCAACAGGUACUACUGUGAUAGUCGAGAGUCUCUUCGAAACCUUACCAGUUCGUAGAAAGGAAUUCGAAAAGACUGCUAAGAAAGAGUUUGGUAAAGUAUUGACAACAGUACAAAGCUUCGCUCUUUCACGGCCAGAUGUCAAAUUCAUAUGCAGCAAUACUGUGGCAGGGUAA